UGCUCCGGUUGCGGUUUGUUUGCGGUUGGCUAGCUAACGUUAGCUAAACUGGGUCCUCGGCUGUCAGUUGCUGAGAGCGGCGAUAGCUGAAAAUAGUAUUUCAUCCGUAGCUGUGCGUAGAAAACAAUCGCCACAAUGUUCGAGGAGGCUAGUGAAAUGUUUGAUAACAUGUUUAAAUCUUCGUUUCCCCUUACCUUCAUUGUGUUUAUCCCCGCGGUGCUGAUCCUGGUGUCACCGCUGCCGGCCGAGGCGGCACAUGAGUUCACGGUGUAUCGCAUGCAGCAGUACGACCUGCAGGGACAGCCUUACGGUACCAGGAAUGCCAUCCUGAACACAGAGGCCCGUACUGUGGAGGCAGAGGUACUAAGUCGUCGCUGUGUUAUCAUGCGGCUGGCAGACUUCUCCUAUGAGGAGUACCAGAAAGCCCUGCGCCAGUCAGCUGGGGCUGUGGUCAUAAUCCUGCCCAAGAACAUGUCUGCUGUGCCCCAGGACAUAGUGCAGCAGUUCAUGGAGCUGGAGCCAGAGAUGUUGGCUACUGAGACCAUUGUCCCCGUCUACUUUGCCAUGGAGGACGAUGAGCUGCUGUCCAUCUACACCCAAACCCUGACCUCCUCGUCCUCACAGGGCUCCUUAUCAGCAGCUGAAGUGCUGCUGCAUACGGCCACCGCCAACGGCUUCCAGAUGGUCACCAGUGGAGCUCAGAGUAAAGCUAUCAGUGACUGGGCCAUCACCAGUUUAGAGGGUCGUCUGGCUGGAGUUGGAGGAGAGGACCUGCCCACCAUUGUCGUGGUUGCUCACUACGACUCCUUUGGUGUUGCGCCAUGGCUGUCGUACGGAGCAGACUCAAACGGCAGUGGAGUGUCCAUGUUACUAGAGCUGGCUCGUCUCUUCUCGAAACUUUACACCUACAAGAGGACACACGCUGGGUACAACCUGCUGUUCUUUGUAUCUGGUGGGGGGAAGUUUAACUACCAGGGCACAAAACGUUGGCUGGAGGACAAUCUGGACCAUACAGACUCCAGUCUGCUGCAGGACAAUGUAGCCUUUGUGUUGUGUCUGGACACUUUGGGGAACGGAGACUCUCUGCACCUCCAUGUCUCCAAACCUCCUAAAGAGGCAACUCCUCAGUAUUCUCUGCUCAAGGAGCUGGAGAUGGUGGUUGCUAGUCAGUACCCAGAGGUCAAGUUCUCCAUGGUCCACAAGAAAAUCAACCUGGCGGACGACAUGCUGGCCUGGGAGCACGAGCGCUUCGGGAUCCGCCGGCUGCCGGCCUUCACGCUGUCCCAUCUGCCCUCCCACCGCCUGGCACAGCGCUCCAGCAUCAUGGACGUGCGGUCAGUGUCCCCCUCCUCUCGCCACGGAGCGGGAGAGCCCCCUGCUGGGCCUCAUGUAGAUGUGAAGAAACUCAACAGGAACACCAAGGUGGUAGCAGAGGCACUGGCCAGGGUCAUCUACAACCUCACUGAGAAGGGGGCUCCUGGAGACCUGCAGAUCUUCACCGAACAAAUGCAGGUUCAGGAGGAGCAGCUAUCAGCGGUGGUGGACUGGCUCACAGCGCAACCCCGAGCCGCUCAGCUGGUGGACAAAGACAGCAGCGUGGUGUCCACUCUGGAGUAUCACCUUGGACACUACCUCAAGGAUGUCAAGAGACACUACGUCAAAGCUGACAAAAGGGAUCCAGAGUUUGUAUUCUACGACCAGCUGAAGCAGACUAUGAAUGCUUACAGAGUGAAACCUGCUAUUUUUGACUUGUUGCUGGCCCUCUGCAUUGCAGCCUACUUAGGGAUGAUGUAUCUGGCUAUUCAGAACUUUGGAGUCCUGUACAGUGUUGUCCGUAGAAUCACCCAACCCAAGAUGAAGGCCCAUUAAGGUGCACAUCACUGUUUUAUUUUUCCAGAUCCCACCCUUUUCCUCAAAUCAAGAAACUUUAGCCAGUAAGAACACAGAAGCUGGGCCGAGCUGCUGUUCUCAUGAUGGUUUUCAAACCAGCAGAAUCACUUCCAUGUUCUUCAUCCUGAUCCACAAACUAUGAUGUCAGAUCCUGUCCUGCUGCCAACUUAAUCCAUUUGGUCUCAUGGACCAGAAUAAUCAGGAAUCAUUUUUCACUCUCCCUGUCUUCAUCAACACAGAUGUCUUGUCAUUCAUUUAUGAUAAUCCCUCUUGUGAGGGAUGUAAAGCAUUUGUCCACGCCUCUGAGAUCUAGAUGAGAUUAACUGAUCGCUCUUCAUCCCCUCCUCUCGGUAUACUGUACGAGUGAUCAUUCUGCCAAACUGACGUCAUGUGUUGUCUCAGGCAGCUACAGGGAGAAACUGACCACACAGAGUUUAGCCCAGAUAUUUCUUUUGUCGAGAGAUGUGUUCACCAACCUUGUUGUAAAGGUUAAGUUCACAUUUUUUCAAUCUGCCUUAAUACAAUACUCACUUUCCCAUAAAAACUUUGAGUUAUUGGUCACUGUAAUCAUUCUUUGUCUCCAUACUGACUGUGUAGAGACCCCCUGCCUCUGAGUUAAAAGUUAAGACUUUUUGGUAUGAAACUCCCUCUGUGUCUCACUGUCCAUCCCCCACAGCUCAUCAAGGAAUCACUGUCCGUGAAAACACAAAGGAAAUUUUAUACUAAAAAGACUAACAUUAGAAGAUACCCACUUGGUUAGCUCAGACUGCUGAAGCCUCCAUUUUAGCUUCACUUAAGAAUGCAUUGUUGCACAGAAAGAACUGUGGAUUUUGUCUUCUAUCUCUUAAGGGCUGCAACUAAACAUUAUUUUCAUUAUCAACUGAUCUGUUGAUUAGUUUUUCGAUUAGACUAUAAAAUGUCUGAAAAUGUUUUGGGUUUUUUUAUUAGCCCAUCGCAGGCAUUCAAAUUGCAUCUUCUGUCAGAUUAACAGUCCAAAAGACAAAAAAAUCCAUCAAUAUAAAACAUACAAAGGCAACAAAUCACAUUAAAAAAAAAGCUGGAACCAGCAAAUGUUCGGCAUUUGGGCUUGAUAAAUGGCUUAAACGAUUAUCAAAAUAUUUGGUGAAUGAUUUUCUGUCGACCGAUUUAAUCGUCAGUGUAGUUGUGCUAGAAAGGGGAGCUCCUCAGAGCCAGGAUGGAGAGGAGGAAUGAUCACAGUGGCCAAUAACUUUCAGUGUACAUCUGGGCAUAUGAGUAUUGUGUUGAGACAGAGAAAUCUGAACUUCUCCUUUAAAUACUCAGUGAAAAUGACUCCUAACACAAAUAUCGUUUACGGAUAAGGUGAGUUGUCUAAAUAAAAUGUGAAGUAGUGUUUAGAUAGUCUCGAUUCCAUUGCCUUGGUAAGGAAUUUAUUAAAAGAAGCAUUCAGUUGAAUGGAAAUAAAUCCUUGCCACAUAAUUAUUGUAUGUAUUAAUCUCCCCCUUUCUCCCCAUCUAAUAUAUUUAGAAAUUUAAAACUGAUCUCACCUUGAAAGUUUCCUUCGUGCUUUUUGUAUCACCCUUUUCUGUAGUCGGGGUUUGUUUCCUGUUGCUGUGUGACCUGGUGUCUUAUUUUUACUGCUCACGUGUUUAAAAAAAAAAAAAAUCCUGAAUUGAUUUAAAAAGUCAUGCUGGUGAAGUACACAUCAUCUGAAAGCUCAUGUUAAAAAAGGUCACAUGCAACAAACAUGGUUUUUUUUUGUUUUUUUUUACCUAAUCAGAGCACAUGUGUGUUUAGUGUGUAAAGAGUACAAUGACAACACAUCAUGAAACUCCCUCUUUACUCCUUUUUAUCAGUAGAAAAUGUGCUGAAUUUGACCUUUUGCCGAAUACAGCAAUAAUGUGAUUUGACUUAAUCAGACAUUUUUAAAGCUGUGUUAAGAUUUUGGUCAAGCCAGCACUGCAGUAUUUAUACACUGGAUGUCUUAAAAUGGGCAAUAAUACAAAGGGUGUUGGAUUAAAUGGGAAAAAUAUCUUACACACACCUAAUUUCAUAAGAUAUUGGUGUGUGUAAAAUUAAUACUGCAGUGCUUCCUCGACCUUUUCUCUGCCCUGGUCUUGCCUUGUUGUGGGUGAAUGGUGUUUAUUUGACAUUAUGUAUUUUCCAUGUGUUACUGCAUGACCUGUGACACCCCCCUCGUUGCCAUGGUAACAAUGACCAGAUUUCUUUAUUUACCAACAUGAGGGAAAUACUGUGUGGUACAUAUGAAUUUUUAAUUUAUUGAAACAGUUUCAUUUUUGCACUGAAAUGAUGAACUCUCCUCUGGUCUGAACUCUGUUUCAUGUCAUCCACAACACUUGAUCUUUGCAAUGAAAAUGGUAUCAGUUGUGAUUUAAAAAAAUAAAAUAAAAGAAAUCACAAGGAACAAG